CUUCAAGUCUAGCUACACGUACACGAGAGUGGAGUUGGAGUCGUCGGCUUUUUUUCGUGGCGCUCUUUUUUUCGGUUUCUGGCAAACGGCGGCUUCUUUUUACCACACCCUACACCCACCGCCCACCGUUCCAAAUUGUGAUACAAAAAUUUCUAGCAAAAUUUCAAAGCUAAAGUGUAUGGAAUACCAAAUAUAACACUGUCAUUUAUGAAAAGGUUAUAUUUGAGAAAAUUAACAAGUGUCUAAAUAUUUAAAAAAAAUACAAAUCAACGUGUUGUUAAAACCCCAAAUUACAUAACCAAAAUGAUGCAGCCAAGUGCUCUAUUACUAACCACCAUCAUGAUCAUCUCCUGCGGAGUGGCAUUCGCCUGCAAUGGAAAGAUAAUUGCAUCGGGCAUCACGACGGAAGAGAGAUCAAUCAUCUUGCAGGAGCACAAUCGCCUCCGGCAGCUGGUGGCCACCGGACGCUAUCCGGGUCAGCCGGGUGCCGAGAAUAUGCGAGAGAUCGUCUGGGAUGACGAGCUGGCUGCCCGGGCCCAAAAGUGGGCCGACAACUGUCAGUUCCGUCACGAUCCACACCGCACGAUAAAUCGCUUCACGAUGGGCCAGAAUCUGGCCAUCAUCUGGAGUACGGCGCCUCUGGACGCCGAUGACGGUGACUUCCCCUCGCGCAUCCAAAGUUGGUUCAACGAGGUGCAGAAGUACUCCUUCGGGGAUGCCUGGUCGCCCAAGACUGGACACUAUUCCCAACUUGUUUGGGGCGAGACCAGCUUGGUGGGCUGCGGAUACGCGGAGUACAAGGAUGCCAGCAAAUACAACAAGCUGUACGUCUGCAACUAUGGACCUGGUGGCAACGUGGUCGGCUACAAUCCCUAUGAGGUGGGCAAGCCCUCCUGCUCGACGUACGGCAUGAAGCCCUCGUCCCGCUACCAAGGACUCUGCGCCGCUCCAGGAUCUGCGCCGGCAGCCAACAGUGUUUACGGAGCGAACACAAUUGAAUCGUAUGAGUACGGCUACAAGAGCAGCCCCAGUCAAACCGCCAAUAACAAUCCGCCGACUAACAACAUUAACAAGAGCCAGUUCAGCUAUAACAACCCAACCAGGCCCAAGACCCCAGUCCAACCCUCCUACAAUCCCUCCCCGUUCAACCCACAGGCAGCGGUACAAUCACCACCAUCGCCGUCCGGCGGCAGUUCGUUCGGCAGCGCCUCGAGGGGCGGCAGCCACGCCUACACAACGGAGCCAUCGCAGUCGGCAGCCGGCCGCUAUCAGCACAAGUUCGAGGCGUAUCGGCCAAGUACGGCCGAGUUCGAGAAGUCCGUACACAAGCAUACCAUACUACGCACCUAUAUAGAGCAGAAUCAGCAGCGGCAGGAUCAGCAGGUGGACCAGGAUCAGCAGCAGCAAAAAGAACAGCAGCAGCCGGAACCCUCGAGCACAAAGAAGCCAAGUCGUGGAUGGAGCCUACUCACCUGGCGCGGUUAGGAACCCUCGCCCAUCCAUUUGCCAGUCCAAAAUGCCGCUCAAUGUAUUAGGCCAUUAAUAGCUACUGUGUAGUGCCAUUAGCCAACCACCAACCAGGAUCCAUCAUCAUCAUCUAACCCCUCCUGUCCAUCGCCUUGGAGCCCUAGCGAAUCUUAUUUAAAUACCCCAACAAUUGCCAUAUGAGUUAUAGUAGUUUCACUUCCUUGGAAGGCGGCGGACGGUUCAUGCCUCAGACGAAUAUUUGUAUCAAAUGUUUGCCACCCACCCAAAACUGUCAUCCUGUUAAACCAACCAAUCGGCAUUCAACAUCGAUCAGCU